UACAUCCUCCUUUUGUCAUGUAGAAAUGUUUUUUGUGACUAACUGACAUACAGUAUCUCUCGUGUAUGUGAUCAACCUGCUGAUUGAACAGAGACGUGAGGAGCAGUUAUGAGUUUAACAGCAGCAGCGAGUGGAUUUGUUGUCUUCCUUCUCUCUGUACAAGUGAUACAGGGUCAGAAUGACUGGCCAGUGACUUACAGCUCUACUGAGAUCUGUGCCUUAAAAGGAUCAACAGUGGACAUACGCUGCACAUACAGAUAUCCAUCCAGAAUAUAUGGCCGUGAUACUACAGUUGAGAAAACAUCCUGGUUUACUAAAGUGAAUGGAAAUGAAUUUGUGGAUCUGAGAACAGACUCAGAGUAUUCAGGUCGUGUUCAGUAUCACUGUGACAACAACAUCUGCACUCUGAGAAUCACAGACCUGAGAGAGAGCGAUUCAGCUGAGUACAAGUUCAGGUUCAUAACAAACCAACCAGGUGGAAGAUAUACUGGUUCACCUGGAGUCACUUUGUUGGUCACAGAUCCAGGUCUCCAGGUGCUGGUCAGCGGAACGAGUUGGUUGUCUUACUGGGCAAAGCUGAAGUGUCAAAGAGGUUGUCAUCUACCUGAUCAUCCUUCCUACGUCUGGUACAAAAAUGGACAGAAGAUUCAGACAGAAACAUCUUCAUCUUAUUCAGACUACUUUUACUCUGCAGACAGUUAUUCCUGUGCUGUUAAAGGACAUGAGGAUUCCCCCUCUCCUUCAGUGUGUGUCUUUGGUCAAUCCUGCAACAGAGUGACUUACACUGACAGAAGCAUCUGUGCCUUCAAAGGCUCAUCAGUGGACAUUUCUUCCAACUACAACAGUCAUAAAACUAUCAGAUCUAAAUUCUGGUUCAGUCCUGAACGUAGUCAUCAGUGGCAGAGUCCCUCACAGUCUGAGGACCUCAGUGAAGACUUCCAGUAUGCAGGUCGUGUUCAGGUCCUUGAAACAGAGAGAGGACGCUCCACUCUGAGAAUCACUGACCUGAGAGAGAGCGAUUCAGCCCAGUAUCACUUCAAAUUCACAGCAGGAAGCUUUGAAUGGAACAGUAUUUUACCUGGUACAACUCUGACUGUCACAGCUCUGCAGGUUCAGGUGACCAGAAUAAAAGUCUAUCAGUCUUAUACUGAGGCAGAGCUGAAGUGUCACAGCAGCUGCAGUCCAGAUGGUCUUCUUUCCUUCGUCUGGUUCAAGAAUGGAACGAAAAUCACAUCGGUGGAGACAUCUUCUUAUAAAGACCGGUUUUAUCCCAGAGACAUCAUCUCUUGUGCUUUGAAAGGACAUGAGAAUUACGGCUCUCCCUCAGUGUAUCAUCCGAAGCUUCCCUUUGUGUCAGUGAGUCCCUCUGGUGAGAUAGUGGAGGGCAGUUCAGUGACUCUGACCUGUAGCAGUGAUGCUAACCCAGCAGCUAAUUAUACCUGGUACAAGAAGAAUGGAGAUCCAGACCUUCAUCCUCUCAGUAAAGAACCACAGCUUGUCUUCAGGUCCAUCCAGUCCUCUGACUCUGGAGAGUAUUACUGUACAGCUGAGAAUGAGCUGGGGAGGAGAACAUCUCAAUACAUCUCUAUUAAUGUGAAAUAUGCUCCGAGGGUUCCCUCUGUGUCAGUGAGUCCCUCUGGUGAGAUAGUGGACAACAGUACAGUGACUCUGACCUGUAGCAGUGAUGCUAACCCAGCAGCUAAUUAUACCUGGUACAAGGAGAAUGAAGACUCACCAAAAGCAUCAGGACAGAUCUUCAUCAUCACUGACUUCAGACCUGAACACAGUGGGAAUUAUUACUGUGAAGCCCAGAAUGCAAGAGGACGUCAUAACUCCACCUUACAUCUGAUUGCUGUAGCAGGGAACUCAACAGUGAUGAUAAAUAUCAUCAGGUUGACUCUGGUGGUUGUGAUGCCGAUUCCUCUGCUUCUGUUUUGUCUGUGGAUGAGGAAGAAGAAAACUCUGAGCUCCAGCACUGAACCAAAUGAACCCACAGAGACUAUGGAGCUGCAGUCUGUUUCUGAUCAUAUCAACGUCUCCGCCUUGAACAGCGUCACUGCAGCACAGACAGAAGACACAGAGGAGCAGGAACACCUGGUGUGAAGGUCCAUCAGAUGCAGUCAAACCAGAGGGGACUCACCUGGAUGGAGACAGAGACAAGUACAACACUGAAGUAGUCCAGCGGAGAGCGAGGCUGUGGAGGAUGUGGGGGAAGUGGAUACAUUUACCUUCAACUCCAAAAGUUUUCAUGUUGAGUUUUCAGUCGCAGCAGCAGGUAGGAGUCAGCAGCACAGGCAGUCAGCAGCAGCAUGGAGCAGAAGAUCUGAGGAGAGGGCAAGCUUUAUUUUUACCUGUGCACCUACAUUACAUAUGCUAAUGAUUGCAAAAUGCUAUUCUAAGUUUUAAUGUGAUAAACUGCUUUUAAUAAAUACUGAUUGUCCUGUCACAUGUCACCUGUCCUGGCAGAGAAAGCCAAUAAACUCUGUUCAAACAGACACGUUGAACCGGAAGCACAAUAUUUCACAACAUGUACAGAAUACAUUUAAAUACAUUGAAAUCAAACAUAAGCCCAGCUCUAUCUCACUUUGUUAGCUGGAACAUUUUCAAUGUAUUGCAGUGGCUGAUUGAAAUAAACAUCCAGCUUCCACAACAACUCUGUAGUUUGAACAUCAUUUCAGUUCCCUCUCGCUGCUGCAGAGGGCGACAGUGUGCACAAAGUUUGAGAUUUUAGCUUUAAACAAACUCUUUUUGUGUUUAUUAUCCAGAAUAAAGUUUGUAUUUAUCAGUAAUGAACACAAAUAAAAUGUAAAUCAGUUUGUUUGCUCUGA